AUGACUCUGGAUAUCGACCCCAACUAUGUUCUGCAGGCCGCGCGACUGGCGGCCAUUGUUGCAGCGGCGCCUCGCCAGGACGACCCUCGCUAUCCGGACUGGGAGACGAGGAUUUACCUCGAAGUGAGUCGGCUUGAAAAGAGUUUCCCGCAGCCCUUGAAGUCGUUGAGGAUGCCUGGGAUCGUCAUCAGCGCGUUGCUGGAAUUCACCCAGGCAUACCAGCAGAAGGCCCUGGCACGGCUGGACCACAUAUUGAACGACGACGAGAGGAUAUACAAGAGGUACCCUCUGGCUGUGCGCGAGUAUGGGGAGUGUGAGGACCUGGGAAGGCAGUGGUGGACUGAAGAUCCAUAUUGCAAGCUGCCACCAGUGAAGAGUACGCCAGCGGAGGGCUGGGGCAAUGUGCUAGCCGAUGACGACACCCAGGGACGUGGCGAGGAGGACCUGGCUACCGGGGACCUCGUCACCAAGGGGAAAGGCAAGGAGAGAGCUGACAACGACGUCGGGACAGGCAUGGUGGGUGAGCGUAUCGUCCACGUGGAGGCGGGGGAGGACAAGGGAAAGGGCAAGAGCAAGGAGAAGGUGCAGGGGAAGGCGGCACAUGCGAUGAGCGAGGAAGAGGAUGGGGGAGAGGGAGAGGGAGAGGGAGAGGAGCAGGAGGGUGAGGACGACGACGAUGCCGACAGUGACGAGGACGACGAUGCCGACAAAGAUGACAACGAUGAGAUGGCGGAAGACGUGCGGGGUGCAGGCCAGCCCGAAUCCAUCGAGGUCGAUGCGGCGUCGCCCCCUCCGCCAACUGCCAGACCAAUAUCAAUCUCGCCAGCUGCCCCAUCACUCCGAAAGCGCAAGGCGGUCAUCACAGAGUCGAGUGAGGAGAGUGAGAACGAGGAGGCAGCUCCGAAGGCGAAGCGGAUGAAGCCGAUCGAGAAGAGGAUGGCGCAGACCGAGGUGGAGGGCUCGAAGGUGAGCACGAAGAAGAGCGGGAAGAGGAAGGCAAAGGAGUCAAGCGAUGAAGAGGAAGUACCGACCGUCAAGCCGCCAAAGAAGAAGCAUGCGACGAAGGAAUACAAGAGCAAGGAGUUCAUCGAAAGCGAAGACGAGACUCCGGCACCGCCUUCCAAUCUACCCGCCAAGACCGCAGGGGACUCUAACGACGGUGUUGCGAAGACGAACACCCCUGCCAAACCUGUCAAACAGACAACGAGGAUGACAGCGAUGCCUCAUGUCGCACCGAAGGCGAAGGGGAAGGGGAAGGCAAAGGCGACGGCGAAGGGGAAGGCGACGGCGAAGGGGAAGGCGAAGGUGACGGUGUCGCAGAAGGACAUGUGGAGUCCACCCGCGUGUCUGACUUCAUGUGGGCACAUGCAACAGAUUCGCUCGUCCCUUGCGUUGGCUGCCAGGAGAAAGAGUGGCCAUGCAAGCUCAACACCGCCAACUUCGGUCGCUGCCUCGAAUGUGCAGCACGAGGCGUCAGUUGCAGCAUCGCGCCGAGGAACACGGACGGCGUGCCCCUGCGAGGAAACUCACACACCGCACAGCCCACUGCCCACAUCGCCACCUCCAUACGAUGUCAAGGUCGACUCCGAUGAGCCCGACGGUGCAGAACCCAUGGUCAUGGGAGCGUCGAAGCGCAAGCCGCCGAAGAAGACCAAGACGUGCAAUGCUGCAGCAUCCAGCUCCAUGGUCAAGGGUGGCGAGGAGGUCGAGGCGACGAAGCAGAAGGCGACCGUCACGCCCUAUGAAGCCAACGCUGAAGGCGAGGCCUCGGUGGAGAAAUCGUCGAAGUCCAAGCGCGCCACCAAGUCCGCCACCGCCACUGGAGCUGUGGCUCUGUCCAACUCUGGCGAGGUCGCCAACUCUGGUGAGGUCUCCAAGUCUGGCGCGCCUGCCAAGUCUGGUGCGGUCGCCAAACCUGGCGAAGGUAAGAAAUCAGGACCCAAGGCAAAGCCAGUGAGGAGCCAAAACUCAGGUGCGCAAGAUGGUGGCGAGGUCACCAGGACCUCAGUACGUGAGGCGGAUGAGGUCCCGCCUGCCAAGUCUGUUGCGAAGGAGGGCGGGCAGACGACAAGGGUGGCGAUGGGAGGUCGCUCGGGCCCAAUGGUGCCCAUGAUCACCAAGAAGGCGAAGGCGAGUGCUCCGAAGGCAGCAGCCAAGAUGCCUCUGGCGGAAGGCGAUGGCAUGGAGAAAGCCGCCAGGCUGGCAAUGGAGGCGGUGCGGGCUAUGGCCUUCCAAACAGGGCCAGCUGCUCCGCCGCAAGCUAGCAGCAGCAAGCACAUGCUGACACCAGUCGCCGACGAACCAGAGGAUGCGCCAGAGUAUCAGGCAGAGGUGGCGAAGGAUGAGCGUGCGUCCUUGGAGCGGCCACACGACGAUCGGCAGCAUUCGCUGCUGAUGCCCCACGAGACGAGCGCAGGAGCUGCCGAGGUGGCACAGGAGGUGACGCCCUCCCUGGAGAUAUCCAAGGUGUCGAAGGGAGCGAAGUCCUCCACAUUGGCGAAGGCAGGACAUCUCGAUGAAGGGAGAAGGCCAGCUAAGAGGGGCGCCCCACUGGACCGCAAGGCAGCAAAGAAGGAGGCGGAGGUGAAAAGGGAUGCGAAGGUGAACCGCCUCAGAGCAGUGCCUCCGACCAGCAAGGCACCCCACUUGCGCGACGUCCAGCGAGUGUCUACAGGAAGUCCCGCUCCGGUGAACGAAGGUGACACCCCCAGUGGCGAAGAAACCUCGCAGUCAUCCAACGAUGACUGCGCGAAUUGUGCCGAGUUGCGACAGGAGUUCCUGGCGCACAAGGAUGGGAUGGAAGUCCAAUUCCAGGAGAGGAUGGCGGACCUCAACACCGUCAAGGCAGAGAUCACAGCGGCACUCCAGCGAAUCAACCCGCCAUCCGCAUUUCAAGAAAAUGCCCGGAGCAUUCGCGAAGAGGUCAAGUUGGCAAUGGAGGAGUUUCGCAGGCCAGUCACCAUCGAGCUUCAGGAGAGCGUGAAGUUGGCGGUGGCGGACCUCGUCGCCAAGCGACAUUGCCUGCCAGAGCUCAAGGAGAAGGUCAACAGGUUGGAGCAAGGUGCGAACCAGACGGUGAGCCAAGCGGACGUCGACAAGCUGCAGGGCGAAUUGGCCGACCUCCGUCAUUCGAUGGAGCUCCAGGCAGCGCGGUCAGACAGCAUGGAGAAGGAGCUCAGGUCUUCGGUGGCAGAGGCGAUCGCUCAAGCAAGCAAGCUGGAGAUGGAAUUGGCGCUCGCCAAAGAGGAUUCGAUGGCGGUGGCGACGUCCGCUUUGGAUGAAGCGAAGAAGGUGGGGAAGGAGGUGGCGACGGCGAGAGAGGAAACCUCGCUGGUGGCGAAGUCUCUGGACGCAUUCCGAGAGAAGGUCGACUCCGCCAUGGUCUUCACCGCCUUUCGCCCAGAUAGCCACAAUGUGUAG